GUUUGUCAUAUUCAUACUUUAAACUUUAGGAGAUUGUGUGUUUUAGGUGUGCACACUUUUGAAUCUGUGUUGCGUUUUAUGUUUAUGGUCCUCUAUAUCUUACACUUCCUUUACUUUAAUUGCUGUGUUUUUUCCGUUUUUGUUUAGAUUCCUCUAUCUAAUUCUAAUCUUUCUCAUUCUUUAUGAUCAUGCAUUCAUCUUGAGAUGAGAUGUGCUAUAAAUGGCACAUCAGUAUGGAUAAAUCUUAAAGAACAUUUUAAAUUACCAAAGACUUGCAUUCUUCUGCUUCCCCAACUUAUUAUUUUCUAAACUUUUUUCAAUUUUGCUUUUGCUUUUGCUUUUUGGGGGAAAUAGCUAAAACUUGUCAUAUCAACCAAAAUAGCUAUUUGGAACCUGCCCUGAAUAUAUGUGUGCUGUUUGCAGCAGUAGCUGGAUGUGAAGAUAUGCUACAGACCACUGGAAGAUGUCUUUCAUGAUGGCCAAUUCCGUUGAUCCCUGCAAAUCCUCUGCCCCGCCUCACACUUCUGCACCCUCUGCAGAUGGUAGUAUUGAGGCCACUUUUUCCUCCUUAACUGCUUAUUUACAGGAUCAGAUUCCAAGAAGCAAAAUACUGGCCAAAUGUUCUGUUCUUCUUCAUUCUUUUUUUUCUUAAAAAGUGUUCAUUUGCACAUUCUUUUACAGCCUAGGAAUGGUUGGGCAAAUGCUGUACAUUGCAGCAUAGCCCAGACUGCUGCAUAUGAGGCCUGCUCUUUUGACUCAAGAAACUCUUUGCCUCUGAGCAUCCGGAGGUAAACCCAAAUACUGGCAUAAGCCGGUAGGGUUUGUAUGUUGGGAAAAGUUAGAAAAGAAAAUGAAACGUUUCAGAGAUUUGCAAAUGCAGGUUGGAAGGGUGGAGAAUGAGAACCAGAUGAGCACUUUCUGAAAUUUCCCUUUAAAGAAUUGCAUCAAAGGGUGCAUCUUCUUCCCUUCCAUGGCACAGUGACAGAAGGAACGGCACCUGGUGGAAAUUCUCACUUUGACACAACAAAUCAGCUUAAAUGCCUUCUGUUCUGGAAAUUAGCCAGACCCAGGAUUACGGAAUUUUGGUUGUGUUGGCAACUCUACCAGCUUCUUAUAACCACCUGGAAAAACUGAGGUUUGGCUUAUUGCCUUGGUAGAGCAUGCAAUCCCCAUCUGCCACUAUUCCAGAUGCUUUUAAGCAGCCACUAAGCCGUAUGUUGACAGCACUUUCUAUCCUUUAUCUCAAGUACCUGUUUGUGAGAAUAUGCCGCAAACUGGUAAUUCCCAAGCUGCAUGCCGUAUAUGACCUGAGCAUAAGAAAAGCCCAGCUGGUUCAGAGCAUUGGUUCAUCUGGCCCAACGUCAUGUUUACCUCCGUUGCCAAACAAACACCUUCAGUAAGCCCAUAAGCAGGGCUGGAAAAGCAAUAGCCUGCUCCUGCUGUGGCUCCUCAGCGCUAGGUAUUCUGUGAUACAGCUGCCUCUGGCACUGAUAUUUCAUGUUGCCAUCACAACUAGUUAGCCAAUAGCUAGAUCCAUUAUUAUGUCCACAUGGAGCUUCCCAUUCAGAGGCAGCGUACCCCUGAAUGCUAGUUCCUGGUGGGGCAAACAAGGCAACUUGCACAGAAGGAAACAGCACGCUGGACUUGUUGAGAUCUCCUGUGGCAUGCGGCUUGUGGAUUACAGCCUUAAAGCCACUGGCUAUUGCAUACUGUGGCAAUGACUGAAUUGCAUGCUGCUAUUUGUGUCUGUCCUAAAUUGGCUGCCAAACAGUUUGGCUGGGUGUGCCAUGGGGGGGGGGGAACAGAAAGGCCCUAUGAGCCCAGAGUGUCAUCUAUGAAGGGGGCUGCUUGCUGCCUCUCUGUAUGAUUAACUGUUCUGGACAGGUUUCCCUUCCACAAGAGGUGAGCAGUUCUUUUGUGUUUCUGUAUUGUGGAGGGCUAAAUGCUCAAAUCCAUCCCAUCAGAAUAGAGUUGCUGUUUGGCCAAAAACUAAAAGAAUACCUCUUGCUGUGUCUUUUAACAGCAGCUUGGUACGAAGGAGGAAUCCUCUCGUGAAGCAUUUCACAGCAUCCCGAGCUGCUAAGCUAAGCUUCUGUUAAAGGUACAGGGAAUAAAUUGAUAAUAAAGCAAACCUACCUCCAGCAGAAACUUCUUGUUGCAUUUCUGAAUGAGUUCGUGAUCUUGGCUUGCCUCAUUUCAGUCAGGAGCCAUAUCCAGAACAGCAACUCCUUCAGAAAAGUAGGGUGUGUGCAUAUUGCUCUGAGGGUCAGCAAUUCUUGCUCUUGCACAAGCUACAAGUAAACCUUUUGGGAUAAAAGGCUGGAGUAUGACUCAAAAAUUAUCAAUAUGGGGCAGGAUUGGGAACACUAAUUGCCCAUAGUGAAAAGUUCUAGAGCAGGCAUCCCCAAACUUCGGCCCUCCAGAUGUUUUGGACUACAGUUCCCAUCUUCCCCAACCACUGGUCCUGUUAGCUAGGGAUCAUGGGAGUUGUAGGACAAAACAUCUGGAGGGCCGCAGUUUGGGGGUGCCUGGCAUAAGCUUUCAUGGGCUGGAGCCUAGCACCUUGGCCAGCAUCCUGUUUUCACAGUGGCCAACCCGAUGCCCAUGUGACGCUCACAGACAGAACCUGAGCCCAGCAGCACUCUUCAUGAGCACAACAUCACAAACUCUUAUGCCGUAAUAAUUUUUUUUAAGGUAGUACAAGAUUAUUUGUUGUUUAAACUGUCACAAGUACGUGGAAUUCAAGAUAAAUCAAUGGGUUUCAUAGCAAGUGUGUGGGGAAGCCCUAGGUUUGACCCACCAGGCAGCUCUUUCUAUCUACUUUCCAACUGCUCUUUUGAACAGGGUUUAAAAUGUGUUUUGAACUACACAUGUUUGGCCUCCCUCCUCUUUUCUCUCCAUCCCUGUUUUGUCACUUGUAGUAGCUUGUAAAAAGUCUGUUUGUGCAACAAGUCUUGCCUCUACAGUCAAAGUUUAGCUCGGCAAACUUUGUGCUGAAAACAUCCAGAAAUGUUUUGAGAUAACACUUAUCUGCUUUUGUUCUCUGUGUGUUGUGUGUUGUAUUUUGAAUUGCUCGUUUUAAUGCCGCAAUUUUACUUUUUAAAAAAAAUCUUUGGCAAAUAUUUUUAUUUUUUAUUUCCAGCUACAAGUCAUUGGUUAUGUUAGCAUCCAUGGUUUUAAAAAUAACCUCUUUGGACUUUUCCUGGUGGUCACUUUUCAAGACGUAUUAGCUGUGCCUGGAGUGCUGGAUCUGUGCCAUAUUUAUCACACAUGUACUGUUAUACACAGCGGCACCUGUGAGUUACAUAAAAGGCCUCAUUCAUAUGGAAGUCUUGUGUUUGUGCUCCUUGUGGAGGCCAAGAACAAGUUCAAACUGUGUAACGGAGAAAAAUAUUGAACCAGCAGUAAGGAAGAGAGUGAUUUCUGAACACCCGCAAGUUUCUGUCUCCCUCAAGUACAAAGCUGUUGCUUUCCUUCUAAUGCUUGGUGCAUGAAAAGUUUGGCUGUGUGUUCAUUCUUCCUUUUGAUUCCUUAUCUAGAACCACCAGCACCAUACUUUAAAGCACUGUUAUACCACUUUGAAUAGUCAUGGCUUCCCCCAAAGAAUCCUGGGCACUUAAGGGUGCCGGAUUCUUAGGAGAGACCCCUAUUUCCCUCACAGAGCUAAAUUUCCCAGAGUUCCCUGGAAGAAACAGCCAAUUGAUAGCACUCUAGAUGAUAACUUCAUUUCAUUUAUUGCUUGCAUCCUGUUUUUCCUUCCCGAAGAAAGCCCAAAGAGGGUAACUGAAAGCCGAAAGCAAUUAAUUGAACACAAAAUAUCUGAAUGCUAUAGCAAAGUGUAGCAUAUAUCAGAAUUAUAGUGACUGGAGUUGCCUCCUUGUGGAAAGAGCUCAUAGCACUGAACAUUCCUCUAAAGUCUAUACCCUCCUGCAUUACCUUGCAGCAUUUUGCUGAAAAGUGAAUGGAGAUGUAUAAUCAAAAAGGGCAAAAAGAGGACAGUGACCUGCAAAUUUAUGUUUUGAUGCAAACUGAGAAAUAUAGUACAGCUCACCAGGCUUGGACUGGACAGCCCUUCAGACAGAGGACUCUUUCAAAAGAUGAUGGUCUAUAAAAAUAGGAUACACAGCCACCCUAUAUUUAGUUGUUAUAGUUGUUAUUACAAUGAAUUUAUCAAUUGCCUUCUAAGCUACGAUCUCAUUGUGAUUUGUGCAUAAGCUAAUUCAAAACAUUUCGAAAACACAAAAAGUACAUUUAAUGUGAGAAAGAAACUAGUCUUGCUAAAGGGGGACACCUCUGGUAAAGACCCAUUUUGCCCUUUGUUACGCAGACCUUGAAUCCUGACCCCUGUUUAUACACCCCCAAAAUGUUAUGAGCUCUGGGGAGUUUUUAAGGAAGCCUGAAAGUUGGCUCUUUGCCCCCUUUUCUGGAAAGUAGGUAUACAAUCGAUUAAUUACAUAACAGCAAAGGGCCCCAACUGACCACAGGAUCCACCUCUAUUAAUCUGACCCUAGAAGUGAAUGCUGAGGAAUUUCUGUUUAUUAUUCAAGAUCGCAAGGAUUGUUAUAAAUUGAAAACUGCACAAAGGGCACUGGGACAGCUUUGAAGUAAUUUAAAUGUAUGUGGUAUUUAAACUUGAAGAAUGGACAUUGUUCUAGGGGCACAAGAAUGUAAAGCGGGAGUGAAGAAAGAAGUAACACUGGUUACCUGUUGAGAUUCCCCUCCAUGCACCUGUAAUUCUCGCCCGAAAAACCUGGAGCUUCUCAAAUGUCGGGAGGGGCUACUUUUAAUCUGAGCAUGAAAGCAUCAAGUCACCACUGCAUAACCAGGUGCUUGUUUAAGCUAUCCUGUGGAUCUGAAAGAUUUAAGAGGUAUUCCACCUCCGGCUUCUCCAGGCUGGAGAAAGUGGGCAUCCGCCACCCUCCACCUUUGCCUUUCAUCGGAAACCUUUUAUACUUUCGAGAGGGCUUUUGGGAAGAACACAAGAAACUGAUAAAUGAAUAUGGACCUGCUUGUGGGUAUUACAUGGGUCGCCGUAUGUACAUUGUGGUAUCUGAGCCAGAGAUGAUCAAGCGUAUCUUGAAGGAUGAUUUUGGAAACUUUACUAACAGAAUGACUCCAGCCUUGGCUUCUAAGCCUGUUGCAGACAGCCUUCUCAUGCUGCGUGACAAGAGGUGGGAAGAUGUCCGAAGCCUGUUGACCCCAGCCUUCGGUGCUGCAAAGACGAAAGAGAUGGUGCCGCUAAUCAACCAGGCAUGUGACGUCCUGCUGAGUAACUUAAAGGUCUAUGCAGAUUCUGGCACAGCUUUUGACAUCCAAAGGAAUUACAGUUGCUUUACCCUGGAUGUUGUUGCUAGUGUGGCUUUUGGUACCCAUGUGGACUCCCAGAAGAAUCCUGAGGAUACGUUUGUUAAGAACACCAGACGAUUCUUUGAACUUUCAUUAUUUAAACCCAUCUUAAUCUUAGCCAUUGCAUUUCCGUUCGUAAUGGUCCCCCUGCUUCAGAUUUUGCCAAAUAAGAAACGAGAUGAGGUGAAUGGAUUUUUUAUCAAUGCCAUUAAGAAUAUGAUUGCUUUGAGAGACCAGCAAGACCCAAAUGAGAGACGCAGGGAUUUCCUCCAGCUGAUGCUUGAUGCCCGGAGCUCUGCUAAUGACAUCACCGUGGAACAUUUUGACACGGUCAGCCAAGCCGAUGUUUGCAUUCAGGAAAAUGAGACAUCUGCCAGCAAAGGCCUGCCUCAGAAGCGAAAUCCAAAAACGUUGAGUGAUGAUGAAAUAGCUGGCCAGGCCUCCUUAUUCUUGAUUGCUGGCUAUGAAACCACCAACAGUGCCCUCUCCUUUGCCACUUACCUGUUGGCCACCCAUCCUGAGUGCCAGGAAAAGCUGCUCCGAGAGGUGGACGAAUUCUUUUCGAAACAUGGUGUUCCUGACUAUGAAAACAUACAUGAACUCCCCUACUUGGAUAUGGUGAUAGCAGAGACUCUGCGCAUGUAUCCACCAGCGUUCAGGUUCACCCGGGAAGCAGCAAAAGACUGCUUAGUUUUGAAGCAACGUAUACCUGCUGGUGCUAUAAUGGAAUUUGCUGUUGGACACCUCCAUUACAAUCCAAAGAUUUGGCCAGAACCUGAGAAGUUUAUUCCCGAGAGGUUUACAGCAGAGGCCAAGCUGCAGCGCCCCCCACUUUCUUACCUCCCCUUUGGGGCUGGCCCUCGUGGAUGCAUUGGCACCCAGCUGGCUUUGAUGGAAAUAAAGGUGGCAUUUCUGAGAAUCUUGCAGAAGUUUGAGUUCAAAGCCUGCUCCAAGACAGAGAUUCCUUUGAAGGUGAAAUCUCACAUGACACUCGGACCACAAAAUGGAGUCUACAUCAAGGUGGUUCCUCGAUAGAGCAAAAUGGCCAGCAAUCUUGAUGUGCCUUCCAAGGAGAUGCCAGCUUGCUGUGUGAUGUAUUACUGCUGAAAACUAUAUGCUGGAAGAGCCUUUCCCCUUUUACCUUCCUUGAAAAUAACAGGUGCCUAUUGAAUUCUGCCAUAUCUUAGCUGGGCCAGAAAAAGAUUUGUAAGACAACCUUGUAUUUAAGAACUUGCUGAAAAGCCAUAGCCAACCAGGAAUUCCAUGUGGGCAGGUGAACUGAGGGAGAGGGUGAUUUGCCCUACUUACACCAGCCCAUUUGGUAAAAGACACUUUAAAAAAACUCGGCUGGUAUCCUGCAUUUCUGUGUUGGGUGCAGAGCAGGCUUUCUCAAAAUUGCUGGUUAUUUACAAGGUUGCCUUAAGAACUAAUGGCAAAGUUAGGAAUACAGGUAGGCUAAUGAGCUAGCACUCCCUUCCCUGCCACAGAAAGCCAGUCCAUACAUGCAACAAAACAGAAGAAGCAGUGCAAGAGAUCUGCAAUUCUUGCUCCACUUCUGCUGCAACAUGGAUGUGGAUGCUUGAGAUCCACUUAGCUUCCAUGAUGACUUGUUCCUAUUCUUCGAGUGUAAAUAACUAUUGACUUGUGCUGCAUGUUGAUCAGGCAACUUCUCCUAAUGGUUGCCUACAAGCAACAGCAAAAUCAUUUUCCUUUGUCCUCAGCUAGUUAGAAAUUGGUGAUGGUAAUGUGCAGGUUCGAUCCCCGUAAGGAACAGCUGCAUAAUUCCCGCAUUGCAGAGGUUUGGACUAGGCGAUCCUCAGGGUCCCUUCCAACUCUACAAUUCCAUUACAUAAUUAGCAGUUCAUGACCUUUACAAGGAAAACUUCCUUACAUUUUCUUAGAAGAGGAUUUCUAUGACAAUUACAAGAAAUCUUAGGAGGCCAAAUUGCCCUAUCCAGACCAAUUCCUGCGAUUCUACAGGGGAAUCUCAGAACAAAAAGAGAAGCAAAAUUUCUGAUGGGAGCUCAAAAAGCAACGUAACAUACAAUGCAGAAAGUCAACUUCUGCAGAAAGGGCCUUGGGAUGUAAUCAUAACCCCACUUACUAGGAGCAAGUCCCAUUGAAUUCAAUAAUGUUGGGGAAAUAUCGCAGUUAAAACCCAAUACUUUGGGUGCUGCCUGGAAUGACGAAUAGAAUCCAGACGCCAAUUACCAGUAAAACAGGGGGGGGGAUUAGGUGUUACAUGGCCAGUACCACCUCAACCAGCAAAUACUAUGAAGUGGUACACCGAAUAUGAAAACAGCACAAACAUUAUACACUGACAAGCAAAAGGGCAGUUGUGGCCAUAUCUGACACUUGCUUUACUGGUUUAAUCAUGAGGCACAGCAACGUUAUCUUUCUCUCCUGCCUUUGUACUUGACAGUUAUGCAAUAGUUCCUGCAUACAUGUUGUUCUGUUCUGUUCUCUCGUGGUUUUCUUGCAAGCACAAUCUUCACAAUCCAACCCAGGCCCUUCUUUCACACAUUUCAGUUUUCAUUGUAUAAUCACAGAAUCAGAGUUGGAAGGGACCGCAAGGGUCAUCUAGUCCAACCCCUUGCAAUGCAGGAAUCUCUUGCAAAACAUGGGGCCAAGAGUCUCAUGCUCUACCAACUGAGCUAUCCCCCAAAAUCAAUAAUUUCUUCAACAAUAGCAUUUGUACAUCUGAGUAGACAUGGUUAGGUUGCAACGUUUGAUCUCUUAAUAGCCAUAGCAAGAACAGAGGACAUUCUUCGACUAGAACUGUUUUACCUCUAGGUGUCAAAAUAAGAGAAGAAUAUUACUCCUGAACAUAUGUUUUCCUUUGGACCACAUCAGUGAGGCCGGGGGGGGGGGGCACGGUCUUGUUGUCUGGGCAGCAGAGGACCUCCACACGUGUUGCCCAGGUUUGUGUCCCAGGGAAGUCACUUUAGUGCUGCUAGCACAGCUGUUUGACUUCACCCUUGGAGGCACACUCCGUUGUCUCUCGAGACAGACGGGUGCCAACAAUCAGGCAGAUGGCACAUUACUGUCAAUUUUCAUUUCUGAGAUGUACCAUACUUUUCGCUCCAUAGGAGGCACUUUUUUCCUCCUCAAGAGUAAGGGGAAAUCUCUGUGCCUCCUAUGGAGCGAAUGCCAUGGCUCCAGCAGCAGGAUCUCUCGGCUGCUGCUGCAGUCUGAGCGGAGGGAUGGCUCUGCCGCUGAGCCAGUGCCACUCCCAACUGCAGGCGGGCAGCUGCAGAGGCGGAGGCGCUCCUUUCGGCCACCACUGCCGCUGCCCGCCUUUGCCGCUCGCAAGAGCAGGAAUCGGAGCCUGCGGUCUCUCCCGACUGCACGCUCCGAUCUCUUGCAAGCGUCAGAGGCAGGCAGUGGCAGAGGCGCGCGCAGGGGGGGGGGGUUGCUCCUUUUGGCCGCCUCUGUUGCUGCCCGCCGCUAGCAAAGGCAGGGAUCGGAGGCAUGGUCGAGAGAGGCGCUGCGCUGCGUCUCUCGCGACCGCAACUUUUUUGCAAGCGGUGGGCGGAGGUGGCGGGGGGGGGGGAAGAGGAAUGAGCAGCAGCCCCAGGGUGCUCUUCCUUCUCCGAAGCCGCCGCCCGCUGCUCGCAAAAGCAGAGCGUGGUGGCGGUGACAGGAACGAGCAGCUCUUCCUCCUCCGAAGCUGCCCCCAGUGUACUUGGCUUUUGCGAGCGGCGGGCGGCUGGGGGGGGGGAGAGGAACGGAAAGCAGGCACCCGAGCCCCGGAGAGGCUGUUGCUCCGCUUGCAACCCGCCUGCCUUCCGUUGGCUCCUCUUUUAAAGUAAGCGAAGCGCAUGCUUUAAAUGAGCCCAUGGAAUGCAAGAGGAGCCGUUUCUCCCCGCUCGCCCUUCCGCCGCCGCCGCUUCCUUCACUGCUCUGUGAAGCAUCUCCUGCCCCCCCCCACCGCCACUGCUGCUUUCAAAAGCCUGCUUUUACGAGCGGCGGGAGGACAGGUUUGACAGAUCUCAAGUAAAUUGGGCUACUGUUGAAAAAUACUUAAGGGGGCAAGUUGUAUUACAGUGCAGUCCUGUCUGCACAAAAGUAAGCCCUAGUCGUUUCAGUGGCCUUAGACCAGAGAAUACAGGAACUUAAAUGGGGUAUUUUAAAACCAAGCCAUCAAAAGUAGUUUUAUGAGGAUAUCCUCCAGUUCCCAAAGUCAAUCUUGACAAAUGCAGUUUAACUGUCUAAUCUUACCCAACAAUGGAGGCAUUUUGUGAAUGUUAACUGGCUGCAGAAAUAGUCUAUGAUUUAGAGCACAUUCGUUAACCUUUUCAGUUAAUGGGCUGUCCCACGAAUUGUGUUGGAAAACGUACAAAGCUGCCUUACACAAAGUCAGACCAGAGGUCCAAGUAUUAUAAGAUGAUGUGUGUACUCUGGCUACCAGCAACUUUCCACUGUUCCAGGCAGGAGCCUGUCACAGCUGAAAUGCCAGGGACUCAACCUGGGACACUGUGCAUGCCAAGAAUGCACUACAGCACUAAGCUAUGGCUCUUCCUCAGGAGAAGGCAACUUUUAAAAACUGAAAGUAUUGAGAGUGGUUUACCAGUUACAACUGCAACCCCCCAACACUUUCACUCAGAAGUGGCACCUGCAUCAAUCAACUUGAACUAACCUUCCAAGUAAAUCAAUAUUUUGUUCACUUCCUAGUGAAAAGCAAAAGAAAUCAACAAAUAAGUCUCUACCGCCAGCUUCAAAAGUCGCGUCUACGCAUGUCCGGAAAUUCGUAGACGCGACUUCCGGUGUCGGCGGUGGCCAUUUUUGGUGCCCAUAGAAGGGCAAAGCGACACCGUAAGUUGCAUCAACGCAACUUCCGGUGUCAGGCGGCUGCUGGUCCCGGAUUCUGCAGUCCGGGACUUGGAAGGUAAGAGUCAACACAUCACAUGAAUUUGUUCAUUGGAUAAUUACAGCAUGAGCAGUAAGCACUAUACACAUGGCAAAUGGCAACACAAUUUCUGAAAGCUCAAAGUGUCUUCAGUUUCAGGGUGGCAGCACUCUACUAUGAAACUUUCACAUUAAGAUCUCAGGGAGGAGGAGGAGAAGGGGGCCAAAAUAUAUGUUUUGGGGAUGUGUGUUGUUUUGGAUGAAGUCUGCUCCAUACAAGAUGCUUUUUGCAUGAAUUUGUGGCUAAUUGCCAGAAAGAAAAACAAAACCAGUUGCUGUGACAGAGUGAUUAUUUUAGUUGCUAUGAUUAUUACAAUGAAGCAUCUUCAAGGAAUUCUCGUCUCUGCUUUAAACUGCACAUUUAAAAAUAAUUGGAGAAAGGAACUGCUUCUUCAUAGAUGACUAUAAUACUUUUCUGAGUAAACAAGCAUUUAAACUGCUAUUAUUGAUUACUAAAUGUGAAGCAUUUGUAUAUUUGCUUUUACUGUCUAAUUGACAAUUUUUUACAUUUACAAAAUAAAGGAACUUUGAAAGAGUUUGUAUAUACUUACCGUUUUUCCUGUGUUUCUUUGUGGUCCUUUUUUAUCCUUUGGCAGAGGUAGCCCAUCUUCACAACUCUCCCCAAAUUUGCAUGGCUAUCUUUUUAUUGUAGCCCUACAGAGCACCUCUGACCAAUGGCAGUUCUUUCUCCCACUGGAAACAUCUUCUGUGCCCCCAAUCCAACUCUGGCAGCAUAAAGUUAUAUGUAACUAGUUGUACCAGAAUGAACAUCCAAGUGAAAACAAUGAAGUCUGAACGGGCCACCUUUACAUCAGGAUGUCCAUCUACUAUAUUCCCAACACCCACUAAUCCAGAUGGCUCUCUGGACUGGAGCAUGUGUAUCGUUCUCCCUUUCUAGGCAAGCCCCUAGUUUCUCUUUCCAGUCCCCCAAAAUAACACCUUUUCAAGAAAAGUUAUUUACUGGAUUGCCCAUAAACGAAUGGCUUCCAUACGUUAACGCCAACCAACCACCACUCUUUGCUACUCCUCUUUCUUCAAAUAUUAUUUUCUCUCUACAGCCCUAUUUGCAACCAUCUAAUUCACAUCCUGUAUGCAGCAUAUCUAUUGAUGCCAAAUGAACAUUAAGUGGUGUUG